AUGAUGGAGGCUGAAGUAGCGCUACCGCAGCUGGAUGAGGCCAUUGCGUACCUUCAGGUCGAAGUCGCCGCCCUCCGCGCUGGGGAAAAGGACGCCAACCUCCCAGCACUCGCAGUAGCCGUCGCAGCAGGCGAGGCGCCGCUCCCAGAGCCUCGAUUCGCGCCGCUAUUAGCAGUCUGGACGCCUGCAGCAUUCGCCAUCUCCACAGAGUUGGCGGCGCUCGUUGACCAGUUCGAGGCCGCCAGAAGGCGAGAGGAGGAGGCAGCACGCAAAAAAGAAGACGAGGACGUGAAGAUACCCGUUCAUUCGGCGCUACAGCGAGUGCGAGGCCAGAGGAGGAGACCCCGGACGAGACCCAGGAGGAGGUUCGAGGAUCCAGACGAGGGCGACGCCUCGCAGUCUGCAAGUGAUGGGACGCCCACGCCCUCACCUAGAGCAGAUGUUGCAGCUGUGACUGUCACUGUGAAUGAAAAGAAGAAAGCGGAAGAGAAACAAGUGGGAGAAGGAGCACGAGAAAGGUCGAGAAAGAGAAAGCCUGAUUGUGGUGGAUGGGAAGAGACACUUCGCUGA